AUGGCAUCAUCGGUUCCCGGUCCCAUCGAAUUACCUGAAUCUCGGUAUGAUCUAUCCACAUACUGGGGUAGAAUCCGUCAUUGUGCCGAGAUUUCAGACCCAACCAUGUUGUUAACCACCAAGAAAGAUCUUGCUCAUGCCCGUGAAGUCAUCAGUGCAUACCGUCAUGGUUUAAUAAAGACUCCCACUGAGGAAUUUUGGAUCGCUAAGAAACACCUAGAUUCUACAGUACAUCCAGAUACAGGUGAGACUGUCAUCUUACCCUUCAGAAUGUCCAGUUGUGUCAUCUCUAACUUGGUUGUUACACUGGGUAUGUUGACUCCAGGGCUAGGUACGACUGGAACAUUGUUUUGGCAAUGGGCAAAUCAAUCAUUGAAUGUGGCAGUAAAUUCUGCUAAUGCGAAUAAAUCACAUAAAAUGUCGACGAAACAAUUGAUGACUAAUUAUGCUGCUGCAGUGACUGCGUCAUGUGGUGUGGCCUUAGGAUUGAAUAGUGUGGUUCCUAAAUUGAAGAACGUGACUCCAAAUACAAAGUUGAUUUUGGGUAGGUUGAUCCCAUUCGCCGCGGUGGUCACAGCUGGUAUUGUUAAUGUCUUUUUAAUGAGAGGGAAUGAAAUUCAAAAGGGGAUUUCUGUUUAUGAUUCUAAUGGUGAUGAAGUUGGGAAGUCUAAGAAGGCUGCAUUUAUCGCUGUUGGCGAAACUGCACUAAGUAGAGUCAUUAAUGCUACUCCAAUCAUGGUAAUACCACCUUUAAUUCUUGUCAAAUUACAGAAGGGUGCGUUAAUGGGUAAAUCUGUUGGUAUGCAAACUUUGGCUAAUUUAGGUUUGAUCGCAGCAACUUCAUUCGCAGUCUUACCAUUUGCAUUAGGUGUAUUCCCACAAAGACAAUCCAUUCAUGUUAAGAAGUUAGAAACUGAAUUACAUGGGAAGAAGGAUAAAAAGAUAAAACCAUAG